UAUUAUCAGUAUUCGUAAAACGGUGCCCAAUAUCUUUAGGCACCAAACAUUUGUAAAAAAGCACAUUAAUUCUUACGACAGACCAUUAGCAAGAUGAGUGAAAUGAUGGUUUAUAUAAAUGACGGCGCGUGUCAUCGCUACGUGUCUAAUACAGUCAAUAUACAGAAACGGAAUUUAAUGGUCAUCGCUAAGUUGGACAAUGGAUUCUUCUAUCCUGGCCAUGUCAUCCAACAGUGGUGCAAACCAGAAGAGGCGGAAGUAAAUUUUUACCAGUGGGGUCGGAGGCGUGUUCACCGGAACAACGUUAUUGCAAUUGGCGGAGCGGUGUCCUGCCCGCCACUACAUGUUUGGGACUACGUUUUGACGCGGAUGAGAGUGAUUGGACCGAGCGGUAUGUAUAUGCAGUAUAUGCCGGGCCGAGUCUGCUACGUGCCUCGUGGUCCGCCCCUCGAACAAAGAUUCUACUCCGUUAGACUAUACAAUGGCAAAGUCGUGGAGAAGAAGCGCAAACUGCUGGUAAAGAUCGGCAAGUCCCGCUACCUUGGACUACUUAGUGGUAUCGGACUGGACGUUUGCCUGCGGGAAAGUUUAGUCCGGCAGGAGGACCUCACUAAAAUUGAGAAGGCUACUCAGACAGUCGAAGAAACUGGAACCAAAAAUGAAAAUAAGAUGCAAAUAAUAGGUGCACAAAUGGAUAGCAAAACAUGUCAAACAAACGUUGAAAACAUAAACACAACAAUCACAUUAGUUGGAGAGGAAAUAAAAGAGGCAAUACAAGAGACCAGUAGGAAGAUUUCAGAAGGAACUCGUACUACCGCCGACAAAAUUGACGAGCUUAAGGAACACAUGAAUAAAAUCAAAAUUACAAAAGACAGUCCUAUUCCAUCGCCUGCUCCGUCCCCAACACCCGUCUCUAAUCGCAAAUCGAAAGGAGAAGAAGAAGAAGAAGAAAAGGGAGAAGAAGGAGACUUAAGUAAAGGUCAGGAGGUUUUGGCACGAUGGUCUGAUGACGGAUGGUAUUAUUUUGGGCUGAUAGAAAGUAAGGAAGAAAGUAAGGAUGUAAGUAGGGGAAAAAGUAAGAAACAGAAAGAAGAUGCAAUACUUUGGAAGGUAAGGGAUAGCACUGGUCACUCCGAAAACAUACCGCGGAGAAACAUUCUGACGGAAGAGGAACGAAAACAGCGAAAAAUUGAGGUGGAGAAGAAGCGCAAACUGCUGGUAAAGAUCGGCAAGUCCCGCUACCUUGGACUACUUAGUGGUAUCGGACUGGACGUUUGCCUGCGGGAAAGUUUAGUCCGGCAGGAGGACCUCACUAAAAUUGAGAAGGCUACUCAGACAGUCGAAGAAACUGGAACCAAAAAUGAAAAUAAGAUGCAGACAAUAGAUGUACAAAUGGAUAGCGAAAUAUGUCAAACAAACGUUCAGAACAUUAAAACAGCAAUCACCUCACUUGGUGAUGAUAUAAAAGAGACAAUACAAGAGACCAGUAGGAAAUUUUCAGAAGACACUCGUGCUACCGUCGAAAAAAUUGAAGAGAUCAAGGAACAAAUGAAUAAAAUCAAAAUUACAAAAGACAGUCCUAUUUCGUCGCGUUCUACGUCCCAAACACCCGUCUCUGAAUACCUAGAUGAAGAAGAAGAGGAAAAAGACUUAAGUAAAGGUCAGGAGGUUUUGGCACGAUGGUCUGAUGACGGAUGGUAUUAUUUUGGGCUGAUAGAAAGUAAGGAAGAAAGUAAGGAUGUAAGUAGGGGAAAAAGUAAGAAACAGAAAGAAGAUGCAAUACUUUGGAAGGUAAGGGAUAGCACUGGUCACUCCGAAAACAUACCGCGGAGAAACAUUCUGACGGAAGAGGAACGAAAACAGCGAAAAAUUGAGGAGGAUGAUCAUAUAAUUGCUCCACAUCCUGACUACUACUGCAGUUAUGCUCCGGGACAUGUUAUGCAAAAGUUCAAAAAAAGAGUAAAUGUGGUUUUCUUUGAUGAUCGUCUCGAGCGAAUUAAAAUUAGAGACGUGUACAAAAUUUCGCAAAAGCAAUAUCACGAUGACGUUAUUACAAUUAAACAAUGCGAAGAGGAAUUAAAGGAAGCAGACGCCGUUAUGUUAGAUAAUACGACUGGGAAAUAUAUUCCAGUGACUGUGCGGACUCCAACAGGGCAGCAAUGGUUCAAGAUAUUCGACCAAAACAUGAAACAGAGGGGCAACCACAUAUUCCCAAAUGAUCUUUUACCUGACAAUGAUCAUCUGAACUGGAAGUACGCUCUUGCUCCUGUGAAAGGUCACAAAGACAUAUAUAUGCCCGCAAAAAUACGAAAGACCAUAGAGCGGUAUUUCAUGGUCCAAUUUUGUGAUAAACAGAGGCUGACAGAUAGGGUGAAGAAGAGCGAAUGCUUUUAUCUCAGCAAGGCGUACUACGACUUUGCUGUUAAAUUUUAUCAGCACAAAAUAAAGCAGAGUAACAGUGCUCGAUAAAAUCACAAACAGCUAGCAAAUGAUGGAUACUUUCCGUACGGUACAUCUUAAAAACUGAACAGCAGGGGCUGGAUUCAAUAUCCAUCCUAGAAUUUACUUUAUUUUAAUUAAAAAACCGGCCAAUGGACUCAAUGCAAUCACUGAAGCGGAUCUAAGGACAAGUGUAAGAACAUUAUUGAAUAUGGAUAUUGAAUACGGCCUCAGUAGUCGGUAAAGAGACGGAUUCCAUUACCUCUGAUUUAGUGUUUGAAAAUCGGACUCCAUUUGCUAUCGAUAAUCGAAUCGAAGCAGCCAAGCAUUUCGAUUUACUAUCGGACAAUAAUCGAAAGUUCAUAAUAUCAUUUAGGAAUACAUUCUUUAUACAUAGUAUCAUCAUGAUCAUUUAAAUUGUUUAACCUGUGAUCAGAAUGUGUGAUGCUAUAGUCAUGCUUUUUGCAACAGUAAGUAAAUUUCCAUAAUCCUUUUCUGUCUUUAACGACUUAACGAAAAAACAUACCAAUAAAACACAUGCUAAUAAUUGCACAUCAAUUGCAAAAUGAUGCACACCUCAUCAAGUAAGUUAUCUUAGCAUUUUAUCCACAUAAAAGAAAAUUUAAACAUUUGUUAACCAACUUAACAUUGAAUAACCUGUAAUAUUAAAGAUUUCAUUCAAAUGUCUUAAUUUCAUAAAACUUUUACCAAAAUUGUACAUUUGUUAAUAACUAGCGAUACCAAAAAUGGUUUCAAAAACAGAGUGCAUCGAGCCGUGAUCCCAAGAAGACCGAACCCAAAACACCAAAGAGCUAGAGAAUUGAGUUUUUAUGAAAUAUAUACCCAGUUAAAAACAAUUUAUAAUAUUGGAGAAUUUGUUAGUUUUUAAGCAAAAGUAUUAACAUUCACCGCAUUUGUGUAAGAGAGUGACCUCCCUUGUUUAAAUGAAAUAAACGAGAAUUGACGUUUAUUUAACUUUUACCGCAUAACAAAAAUGUGUAGUUACCGGAAGUUAAAUAAGCGACAUCGAUUUUGGACAACCACUAUCGAUUGUCGCCGACAUAGCAUUGUCAGCAACGAUUUAUAGAUUGUAUUCGAUAAUCGUUUCAUCACUACUCUGAUUCAUUACUGCGUAUUUCACAUACUAUAAAAUUAAUGUUUCGCAGAAUGAAAAGAUGCUUCCAUUCAAACGUUAUCACAAUAGGCAUAAUUCACUUUAUUGAUACCGCAUUGAUUGCGCUGUCUGUUUGAUAUAUUGUAAACUUUGUUCUGUAUUGUUUGGGAAUUACUGCUGACACAUAUAUUUUAUGACUCUAACUUGUUACUCUUUGUUUACUUACGUUGCAU